AUGAGGACUCACACCGGAGAGAAGCCCUACAAGUGUAAGGAAUGUUCAUUUGCUUGCUCUUUUAAAUCAAUUCUUGUCAGACACCAACGUACUCACACAGGAGAGAAACCCUACAAGUGCAAGGAAUGUUUAUAUUCUAGUGCUCGGAAAGGUGAUCUCACAUUACAUAUGAGGACUCACACCGGAGAGAAGCCCUACAAGUGUAAGGAAUGUUCAUUUGCUUGCUCUUUUAAAUCAAUUCUUGUCAGACACCAACGUACUCACACCGGAGAGAAGCCCUACAAGUGCAAGGAAUGUUCAUAUACUUGUUCUGUUAAAUCAAGUCUUAUCAUACACCAACGACGUUCUCACACGGGAGAGAAACCCUACAAGUGCAAGGAAUGUUCAUAUACUUGCUCUGUUAAAUCAAGUCUUAUUAAACACCAACGUACUCACACGGGAGAGAAACCUUACAAGUGUAAGGAAUGUUCAUAUGCUUGCUCUGUUAAAUCAAGUCUUAUUACUCACCAACUUACUCACACGGGAGAAAAACCCUUCAAGUGCAAGGAUUGUUCAUAUUGUAGUGCUCGGAAAGGUCAUCUCAAGAAACAUAUGAGGACUCACACGGGAGAGAAACCCUUCAAGUGUAAGGAAUGUUCAUAUUCUAGUGCUCAGAAAGGUGAUCUCAAGAAACAUAUGAGGACUCACUCAGGAGAGAAACCCUACAAGUGUAAGGAAUGUUCAUACACUUGCUCUACUAAAUCAAAUCUUAAUAAACAUCAACGUACUCACACAGGACAGGAACUAUAA